AAGACUGGAAAAUACAUGAACGACCAACAGUAAAACACCGUUAUUUUAUCAUUUUCAGGGAAAAUAAAAUGGAAAAGAGUGGGCCUGCUGGAAAAGAUUUGGACCGUUUUGUUCGGCUUCAACCAGUGCUGAAUGAGUUAGAGGAAAUAUGGGAUGAGAUAGGCAUUGUCAGCGACCAAAGGGAGAAGAGAAAACAUGUUGUGUUCCUGCAUCUCAACAAUCUGCUGCAGGACAUGCUCGACGAAGAGAAGAUUCUGAGGAAGAAUCUGGUGGAAAAUCUUGAAAAGAACAGCGAGGCAGUUCUCAAGCUGACUAAAGAGUUAGGAUUGUCUCAAUAUGAGCCCAAGGAUGGUCUCUCGAUGCUCAAACUUGAUGAAGAUCUACGUAUGAAAGUCAAGGAGUUGACAAAAAUGAAACGCGAGCGGUUGGCAGAACUCGACAACUUAAAAGAAAAAGAACAACAUCUGUGUGAUGUCCUGUGUGUGACGCCUUAUUAUAUUCCGAGUGGAUCUGUGCCAGAUUCUCAACAAAUAGCAGAACUGAAGCAACACAUUGCUACGCUUAGUGCUGAGAAGGUUCAAAGACAUGGAAAGUUUGUUGACACACGAAAAGAAAUCUCGACCCUGCUCCUAGAACUGGAGAGAGUACCAGCGAGUUCCUUUGAGAAAGAGAUCCUGUGCGAAGUUGAAACGUCUUUCCUUCUUUCGUCAGAUAACAUGAAGGGGUUGGAAUCCCUCCACAAACAGCUCAAAUCUAAGCAAGAGGAGAACUUUGCUCAUGGUACAGGACUCCGAGAACGACUGAUGAUAUUAUGGGAUAGAUUGGAGGAGCCAGAAAAUGAGAGGGAACAAUAUUUGUCAGAUCACACAGGCUUUAAACCAUCGGUGUUGGCACAGCUUGAAGAAGAAAUUGCAAGAUGCGAGCUACUAAAAUUACAAAACAUCCAAAAGUUCAUAGAGGGAGUGCGGAAAGAGUUGGUGGAAUGGUGGGACAGAUGUCGCUACUCGGAGGAGGAGAGGGAUUUAUUUGUACCUUUUCAUGAUGACAACUACUCUGAGGAAUUAAUGGAGAAACAUGAAGCAGAGGUGAAUAAGGUGAAAAAAUACUACGACGAACACAAGCCACUGUUCCAGAAACUCCAAAGAAGACAGAGCUCUUGGAACCACUUCUUAGAAUUAGAUAUUAAAGCUAAUGAUCCAAAUCGGUUCAAUAACAGAGGAGGUGGUCUACUCCAAGAGGAGAAGACCAGAAAGAAAUUACAAAAGACUUUACCAAAGUUGGAAGAAGAGCUGGAAGAACUCAUCGCCAAGUGGGAGGAGGAAAAUGGCCGAGAUUUUUUAAUUGACGGUGCUCGGUAUUCGGACUACAUCAAGUCUGAGUGGGAGAACUUGAAGUUGCAGAAAGAAAAUGAAAAGGCGCAACGGGUAAGCAUCUACAUCAAAAGAAAAAAUGCCAAGAUUAUGGAGGAGGAGAUGUUUUAUGGCAGUAAGCCGGUUACUCCUGCACCCGCUGCUAAAAGACGCUUCCUGACCACACCCUCAAAGACGCCCAAUCCUAAGAUGAGAAAGGUAGGGCAACCGCUGAACAGCACACAGAAGACUCCUGGUUCUGUCAGCCGAAUCGGACAGUCCCAACUGAGCAUAUUUGCUUCACCAUCGAUGUGCAGACCACCUAAGUCAGCAAAUGCCAAGUCUUUUGCCAAGACUCCACGCCGGUUACGACCAACGCAGGACCGCUUGAACCGUAGCAGACGUGCCCUCAUUGAUAAGAACAAAUCAAACAACUGCCAGGCAUCGAUGAGCAGCAAUGGAUCCGUGAUGACGCAGAAAGAUACGAGUACUCUAUCAACUGUGUCAGGGAUAACAUAUCAAGACUUUUCAGAGGGGUUGAAUCCCAAAACCAGACCGAACUGCCGGAGCAGCAUAUUACACAAGUCUUCCCACACAAGAGUGACGUUACUUUAGACAGUGAACUGUAUCAACUAGCUUUUGACCUGCCUUGAAAUGGUGUUUGAUAGUUGAUUUGAAAGAAAGUGAGACUGGUUGUGAUUGUAUGAUUGAAACUUGUCAACAAGUUGAUGACCUUUUUCAGGGUUACCAGAAGUUUUUCUCCUGAGUUAGUUGCAGAUGUGCCAGAAAAAGUCAAUUUUGCAAGAGAAGUUAAAAGUGGAAUCUCGGGGUUGACUAAAUCUUGUUUGACUGUGAACUUCUUGUUUUUCAAACUGAGAUAAUGAAAGGAGUGAGAGGAAAAAUAGACUACUGGUACUAAUGAUGAGGUCAUUGAGCAAUAAUCAAGGAUGGCAUCUCUGCAACUGACUCUAUCAAAACUUUUGUAAAUAUGAUGUGUAUAGAUUUUAGAAUGCUUUCUUAGUGUCACAACUCACAUUCAGUGUUUCAUAUUGCCAAGAUUUUUUCCACACUUGGUGGCAACUGUUACUGAGAAAGCUAUUGUGAUGUUUUAGAAUGUGGGAAGAUCAUGAAGUACCUAUCAAUAGAGGGCAAGAGGGAGAUGUUUGAACUUUGACAAGGUUUCGAAUGAAACAUGUCAUUAUUUACAAUGGGUAUAGGUUAUUCUCCAGUUUUAUCGAGUUUAACUGGUCUCGAGGGUUGGAUUUGAAAAUAAAAUGGGGAAGGGGGGGGGCUUGUAUAUUUCUGCUGCUUAUAUUCGUGAAGUUUUUUCAUAAUGUAAAUGUAAAAUGAACGUUAUUAUGUAGUACACCUCAUACUUUAUUUGCAUCUUUUAGCCGGGAAUGUAUUUCAUGCCCCAUCAAUAUUAAAAUUUGUAGUCAUGCCCCAUUCAUACUACAUGUAGAAAAUAUGUACUGUAAAUAUAUGUGUGUGAGUGUGUAUGAGUACAGUUUCAAACAUUGCUAUGCAUGCACUACAACAGGAUGUAUUCACGUCAUGCACAUUUUGUAAAUAGAAAACAGAUGAUUUUAGCUGCGAAAUGUCUGGUAGCUCACUGCUGCCAUCUGCUGGGUGAUAUUUAUACUAAAGCUAUG